AUGCCCUCGGCUCUCCCCUCAAGCAAGAAAGCCACGGUCAGCUAUGCCAUUGACUUGCUCAGAGCUCAUCAGAUCCGCCGAGAAAACGCGUUCCUUCAUGAAGAGCUGCAGACCUGGCGAAAAGAGAUUGUGGCCAUGCGUGAUGAGAUCAAAGAUCUGAGCGCUGCCGUCCACGUGAGUCGGACCAUAUUUGAAAAGGACCCAUCAACGUUCGAACAAAAACACGAUACCGGUUUGAGGAAAAGGUCCCAUGGACUCGAGUCUCUUCGGAAAGCAUGGGACAAUAUGAGAGAUGAGAUUUCAACCAUUCGCAUUGGCUGCGACCGAACCCGUCACAAUGAGGAGUUGAUGAGGGCCAAGCUUGACGACAAACUUGAGGCAGUGAGAAUUCACUUCCAAAAUGCGGCAGACGCCCUGCUGAACCAGCAGGGAGACAUCAUCGCUGACGUGAAAGGCCUUCAACACACGAUCGACAGUAAGGCGGAGGCUUCGCUCGUCGAAUCACUCCUGAACAGGGUCAAUGAAGUCUAUGGCCCAUCACCGGACUCUGUUAGCCGCAUCCAAGAUACCUUCGAACAUCGGGGGUCCUCCUGUGCAGCAGGAAAUCCCACGGUCCAAGUGCAAGAUUCUCAACGAAUAGAACAUCGGGGGAAUCAUUGUCUGUCCCGUGAGACAGACUACCAUGUCGAGCAUCCGCGUAAGCCAACAGAGGAGACUCUGCCGGAAGACCUGGACCUUGAUGCGAAUGCCAAUACAGUCAAUUCCGCAGGCUACUGGCGCCCUCGAGCAGAGGAGAACGGUGCUCUGCAACUGUUGCCGCCUCCAGAAGCAGAUACCUCGCCGCUCUCCAGUAUAAAGGCACUUAAGCAAGGAAGCUUUGAAGGCUGGGAGUCCUACUACUCACGGGGUAUGGCGCUUGUUGAGUCUGCGCCUCACUGUUUUGAGGAGACCAUUGUACGAGAAUUCGUCGAGGGUAUGCUUGGGAGUGCCCAGAAAAGGCAAUGCCAUCAGUGGCUGGACUCGAAGGGGUGGAACUGGGAAAACAUCAGUUUGUUUCGGAAUCGGUGCUCAGAGCUCGACAUCACUAGCACGUUCGAUUAUUCGAGAAAAAUCGAAGAUAAUCGAACAAGACUCGGGCAAUCGAUAACAAGGCCGAAGUUGACAGUCGCGCAGAGGAAUCGACAUGGUGGUCAACCACAGACAAGUGCCGGGCCACUGCGUCGAAGCCGGCGUUUACAUGAAAGGAAUAGUCGGGCGCAGGGACAACCUACGGAAUAUCGUCCCAAAUUCCAAUCAUCCCAACUUCCGGAAACCAAAGUCCCAGACAACAAUGAUUCGAUUGCUUUUCCGGACGUCCAUUCGACGCCGAGGGCCAAAUCUAGGAAUAUCCGGACGCCGACCAAACGAGGACCGCAAUUGAAUAACACGUCCAACGAGACCUCGGAUGAACAAUCUCUUGCAAAGCUUGGAGAACCAAAGGAAAGGACAAACAUAAGCACAAGGAAGAAGGCUGGUUCACCUGAACGUCUUCCAACAUUAACAGCAAGAAACGCUCCAGAAAAGAGACCCAAGGGAGCGGAGUUCAUUUUGCAGGAAAGCGAGAGUACAGGACACCGAAACCGAACACCACAACUAGUACCACUCAAAAGACCAGCGGCGGAGUCGAAUGAGGACAGUAGUGAUGAUGCCGUAUUUCCGUACACACCAGAAAUUUCAGCCCGUCUCCGGUUGCCGACCGCUGCAACCAGACAAAACAGAAGCAAAGGAAGAAGACUCCCACUGCCACCGCCACCAGAGAUUCCCAUACUGUCAACGUCAAGUGAUGAAGAGCCGUGGACCUCUCGGAAGACAGGCGCGGUGCAAGCAAGGUUCCGUUGA